ACACUUUAUACACUAAUGAAACAGACAUUUCCAACGGAUACUGAACAACAUAUUGUUACUUAUGUGUUGACUAUCAUGAAUGCCGUCCAACUGCUCUUCAAACAGCCGUCACUCGGAAGGAAUGUCGAUAUAUCAGUCGUUCUCAUGGAUAUACUUAAACAACAGCCCAGAGACUUGGCGUCAUCUGACAACAUCGACACCUAUCUGACCAACUUCUGUGUUUGGCAACACAAGAAGCGUCUUCACAGUCGAGGUGUGACUCCUCGUUGGGAUCACGCCUUACUAUUAUCGGGGAUAAACAUGUAUGUCAUCGAUGGUUUGGGACGUAAGAAAAGACAUGUUGUGGGUUUGGCGCCCGUCAGCGGAAUGUGUAAUUCACUUAACAGUUGUACCAUCUCUGAAGGCACCAGUUUUCAGACAGUUUUAGUUGCUGGACAUGAAAUGGGGCACAGCUUAGGGAUGGAACACGACGGCACCCAAGACGGCAAUUCAUGCAAUAAUGACAACUUUGUAAUGUCGCCGACAUUAGGUGCGGGCAAAACUACGUGGUCAUCAUGCAGUAAGGACUACCUGGACAAGUUUGUACGGUCAAGUCAGGCCAGUUGUAUAUUAGGGUCGAGCCAACAUAUCAAUAUUAUCAAUCAAUUUAUUCCGACCGACAAACUUCCGGGUCAGACAUUUACCGCAGACCAACAGUGUGUCCUUAGGUUUGGCGCUGACGCUAAACAUUCACCAAUGCAAGCACUGGAAGAUAUUUGCCGCUUAGUUAGAUGUGAUGUGGGAACGGGACGUAAUAUCAUUGCAUAUCACGCACAUCCCGCACUUGAAGGAACAACUUGUGGAAACAAAAAAUUGUGUCGAGAGGGUCGUUGUGUAUCUCAAGAGACUAAUAUUAAAUUAUCAGUUUAUCAGUCAACUACUGUUUCCAUCAACACAUCCACUCCUAUAGAUGGAGGUUGGACUGAAUGGUCUCCAUACAGCUCAUGUAGAUCUGAGUGUAUAACUAAUUAUAAUAGAAAACCUUUGGGAGUAAUGAUAUCUAAGAGAAAAUGUGAAAAUCCAAUGCCUUAUAAUGGGGGCAAAGCAUGUGAUGGCAGUGACAAAAAAGUACAACUUUGUGAGGCCAGUCGGAUAUGUAACUCCUAUUCAUAUCGAAGUAUUAUAUCAAUUGAAGACUAUAUAAGCGACACGUGUAGAGCAGCGGCUCUAAGAAAUAGCAAUUUAGAGCAAAGAGGAACACAAUAUCCUAGUUAUGACUUUUCACAUUCAUGUUAUGUUUGGUGUCAUAAGAAAGGAGGAGGUUAUUUGACACAGGGAUGGAAAAUACCAGAUGGUUCUCCAUGUGGUGGUCACGAGGGUAAUGGUCAGUCCUAUAACAAUCGGUAUUGUUUUGAUGGCGAGUGUCGUUAUUUUGAUUGCAAUGGUUUCAGUAAAAGUGGUGCUAAACAUGAAAGUGUUGUCAAUGGAGAACAAUGCACUUCCAGUUCAAACUUGCUUUACGAAAACCCUGAGGAUCACGGGUGGGGUCAUUGGUAUCCCAUAAGUAAAUGCAGAUAUAAUUGUCAGACAAAAUCAAAGGGCUUUCGACUCGUUAGUAGAGAUUGUAAUUCAAUAUCUAAUUGUGGCCCAAAAAGGGAAUCAUUUCAAUUAUGUGACGAUCAAAAAGAUUAUUGUAAUAACAUUUUGGACACACCAGAGGAAUACGCCAACAAAAUUUGCCAAAAAUAUCAAAUAAAAUAUCCGACAUUACUUAGUGGACUCGGAAAGCAAUUGUCUUCCCAAACAACAAAUAUAAACUCUGGGUGUAUAGUUGCCUGUCAGGACAGGAUCUGGAAGGACAUCCACUACCAAAUGGAUGCUUUUAUCGACGGAAAGUUCCCGUUUGGCACCGAUUGUAGCUUUGGUUCCGCAAAAAAUGCUUAUUGUUUGAAUGGGAAAUGUAUUAAAUUUGACGAAAAUAAUAUGCCUUUUGAUUCAGAUGCAAGCGGUAGAGUACAAGUCAAACAAUUAGUUAGUGAUGAAUAUUUGCAUCACAACCGACACAAGAGGUCAAACAAAAUGAUAUUUAGGAAAUCCGGUGUUCAGGAACAUACAGAUAUACAGUCAGAAAAUGCCAGUUGGUUUAGUAGAAACAAUUGGACACCUAUUCUACCAAAUACAUGGUCGGCACCUAACCCUUCACGACCUAUAUUACUGUCCAGUUCUGAUAACACAAACCAAACAUUAAGUGUUGAACCCUAUGUCUGGAGUAUAUCAAUGAGUGAAUGUGACCGCUAUUGUGGACAAGGGUUUAGAAAAAUUGAAGUUCAAUGUCAUGUUGGGAAGUAUAGAGUAGACGACUCCCUGUGCAAUGCUAAUACCAAACCAGUCCACAACACCAUUGAACACUGCAAUUUGCAACCAUGUAUUGGCAGAUGGAAAACCUACGAGUGGACGGCCUGUACGGCAACGUGUGGUCGCGCUUAUCGGACACUAACCGUGUUUUGCAUUCAAAAUACAUCCAAUAAUUUGUUUGCUAUAAUUGAUAACAAAUAUUGCAAUUUAGAUCAAAAGCCAAAACAAUUACAAAUAUGUCAAAUACCACAAUGCAGUUGA